AUGAAUACCCCUCCGAGCUUCUUCAAUGAUGCGGUUGAUAUUGCAACACCGACUAACAAUGACUUCCCCAGCGAUCAACCACGAACACUACCUCUAGAUUCGCUCGAUUUAGUCCGACCGGAAGACAGUGACACAUCGGAGAACAUGGCACACCACCCUUCCGUAUAUAUGGCUGUUCCGGGUGCCUGGGAUCCACUGGUGACUGGCAUGCCCUCAUUCUACGGCCAUCAUGGCCAAGCACAGUACAACACGAAGCAAGAAGACGUCGAAGAUAGGCCGACAAUACUCAACAUACCUCCGGCUUCAACAUUUCAAUCGGGUGCGCGGGUCGACGCCAAUAUCUCGACGCAGCCUCGACCGUCAAAACCGAGUCGAGCAGCGGACCCUUAUGAUGCCAGCCCGCCCAGGAAGAAGGGAAGGAAAGGCAAAGCUCCGGAGCAGAACGACCAAGACCCGAAAAGAGACAAGUUCCUCGAACGGAACCGCGUCGCUGCGAGCAAAUGUCGCCAAAAGAAGAAGGAGUGGGUCUCAGACCUUCAGGAAACCAAACAGGGACUGGAGAACCAGCAUGCACAGCUGCAGAUGGAAUACAAUGGACUGGUUGAUGAAGUUACGAGAAUGAAGAACGAGCUCAUGUCGCACGCAAAUUGCAAUGAUCCGAACAUCAACCUAUGGCUCGACAACGAAGCCCGGCGAUUCGUUCAGGUGAGCGCAGAGCGUGUAAAAAAGCAAAGUCUUGAUGCCAGCCGCAUGGCUGGCAACAGGCCACUCGGCACUGGGGGAGGUUAUAGACCGUCAAUUGACAGUCAAAUGUCUCUGAUAUCGCCUGCCCGCUCAGAGCGUGCUAUGACGAGCCUGUCAUCGAGAUCUGGAAGUGAUGCCGAUAUCAACUACGACCAUAUGCCCGACAGUGCUUUCGACCACGCAUAG